AUGUCCCACAGAUCUCGCAAAAAGCAAACGCGACUUGCCUUUGCUUCCGCGCCACCAGAAACUGAAGCUGCUGGUGGCAGUCCCACCAAAAGCGACGGCCGCUUCGCUCGACUAGAAUACGGACAUCCCAGCAUGGCCUCUUUGCUCACGAGCAAGUCUCGCAAAAGCCAGUACACAUCGUCGAAGGAAACCACUCCAAUCAAAUCCUCUAUACGCAAACACGAAUCGAAAGACAAGUCGCGAUCAAAGAAGAAAAAGCACGCGAUCAAAAGUGAAAACGAGGAUGGUCCUCAAGACAACCAGACUCCUGUGAAAGAGCCCGCCGAUAGCGCAUCCUCAGAAGACGAUAUUGUCGCACCAAGCACCCAAAAGAGGAAGAGACGCCCUCCCUUCGCCUUUGAAAUCGAAACCACAGCUUCACACGCUAUCGACAAGUCAGACAUGAGUGAUUCGAAGGAUACAGGAUCUCGAACACGGCGGAAGCUCAAGCGGAAAGCGGAAAGCUCACCCAUCGUUCUGAGCGAUUCUGAGGAUUCAGAUGGACCAGUUCUCUCGUCACCCGUCAAGAGGCGCCGGCGGGCAGUGGUCACGGAAACCCCUCAGACACCACACUCGUCUGCCGAUCGGGAUAGAUUGGAUAUUGAAGAAGAUCUGGAGGAUCUCCAAGAUUCAGUCGUCAAGAAAUCACGAACUCGUGGCCGGCUUGCCGGAUCGGCUCGGGACAAGAGGCAGAAGCACCUAGAAGCCCUCCGCCGCAGACGAGCCGGACUGAAGGAAGAAAGCGAGCCUGAAUCAGAGAAUGAAUCAGAUCCUGAUGAAAGCGAAAGUCCAACCACUCAACAAACUGCUGACAGCCGUCGCAUCACAUUGGACGACAGUGAUGUUGAAUCUGCUAUUCCGAGCGAUGAGGAUCUUGAUCGCUACGAGGAUGACUUUGUGCUGGAAGAUGACCAAGACAAACUGGGGGUGCCAACCGAAGAAAUCCCGUUCGAGUUCACGCGGCACGCGUACAAGCAGCUCAAGGAAUACUUCCGGGAUGUUGUGGAGUGGAUGGUGCACAACAAGCUCAAUCCCGCGUUCCCCCGCAACAAUGCCAUGUACAAAGUGGCAUUCAUGAAACUGGAAGAUGAGGUCAAGGGCCGCGCGGGAUCCCAGUUGAUCUCUUCCGUAUGGAAUGCCGAUUUCUGCAGAGCCCUCCUGGCUCGGCCUCAGGUUGAGAUGACCGCUUUUCCUACCGCACUGGACCACCCGUGCGAUGCCUGUAAUCGAUCCAAACACCCUGCAUCCACCGAUAUGAUGCUCUAUGGCAAGGCAUACUCCCUUGAGACACUCGAGCCAUUGAACGAUGAUUCAUCAGAGGACAGCGACGAAAGCAAGUCUAGUAAAGACGAGGAUGAGGGCGAGGACUCCGGUGAAGAGCGGGACAGAGACGGCCAUGUGUUGCCGCCUGAGAGCAGGCGCUUUCUCCUGGGCAGGCAAUGCAAAGCCAAAGCCGAGCUCGCUCACACCCUGACUCAUUGGCGCUUCCACCUCAACGAAUGGGUCGUCGGCUACCUCGAGCGCAAGGGUCAUAUGGACAGACCCGAGGUCAUCAAGCGGAAUGACAUGAGCCAGAAGCGCAAGACGAAAAAUGCAAAUGCAGCCGUCGACCGCAUGGUCGAGGCGGACGAGAUCGAGAAGUUGUGGCGCGACUUCCACCUGAAUCUCAAGUCUGCGCGGGAGAAUACGGUAUGUUGCCUUUCUAUGAGUUCAUUCGAGCAUGAUACUGAUAUUGAGACUGUCUAUAGUCGACUUUGGGUUGAGGAGAUGCGCCCUUCCUUUUCUUCCUGCUUCCAGUUCGCCAGCCUGUUUUCAGCUGCGCUCUUG